AUGCCGGUGCUGAAGCAGUUGGGCCCCGCGCAGCCCAAGAAGCGGCCGGAGCGCGGCGCCUUGUCCAUCUCCGCGCCGCUCGGCGACUUCCGGCACACGCUGCACGUGGGACGCGGCGGCGACGCCUUAUGCCGCAGGCCUCGCCGCCCGCCCUGCGCGCCUGCGCCCGCUGACCCGCUGCUGUCCUUCCACCUGGAUUUGGGCCCCUCCAUGCUGGACGCAGUGCUGGGCGUCAUGGACGCGGAGCGCCCGGGCGCCGCUGCGGCCAAGCCCGACGUGGACCCCGGCCCCGGGGCGCAGCACCCCCGGGCCCGCUGCCUCGCCAACGCGGACAUCGAGCCGGACGACGUCAUCGGCCUGUAGGGACCCCCAUUCCCUGCGCUCUUACCGCCCAGCGCCCCACUUCUUCCUACAUAAACCGACAAGGUCUGUGUC